AUGGUUUCGAGUCGUAGUUUGCAGUUGGGAAUGCAGAUGAGAAGACAUCUGCAAACAGCCCCGAAAAGGCUAGCAGCUGCUUUCAAAUUUUCACCCAGCCUUGCUGAUCCCUCUCUUGGUGAAACAUCAAAAAUGAAUUUGUGUCAAGCGGUAAAUAACGCAAUGGAUACGGCUAUGAAGAGUGAUCCAUCGGCAUGUGUUUUUGGAGAGGAUGUCGCAUUUGGUGGUGUGUUCCGGUGCUCAGUGGGACUUCAAGACAAAUAUGGUAAAGAUCGUGUUUUCAAUACACCGUUGUGUGAACAAGGUAUUGCUGGUUUUGGAAUCGGUUUAGCCGUUGCUGGUGCAACGGCCAUUGCCGAAAUACAAUUCGCCGAUUAUAUUCUCCCAGCUUUCGAUCAGAUCGUGAAUGAAGCAGCCAAAUACCGUUAUCGAAGUGGAGGCAUGUUCGAUUGUGGUAAAUUGACGAUUCGUGCCACUUGGGGUGCAGUUGGUCAUGGAGCUCUGUAUCAUUCGCAGAGUCCUGAAGCGUAUUUUGCUCACGCACCUGGUCUAAAGAUAGUGAUUCCUCGUGGACCGAUUCAAGCGAAGGGAUUGCUUCUGUCUUGUAUUCGUGACGAUAAUCCGUGUUUAUUUUUCGAACCCAAAGUGCUUUAUCGUACAGCUGUCGAGGAGGUACCGGUGAACGAUUAUCAGAUUGACCUGAGUAAGGCAGAAGUGAUUCUUGAGGGCAAAGAUAUAACAAUGGUUGGAUGGGGUACACAAUUGUACGUUCUACUGGAGGCCGCUCAAAUAGCCAAGGAACAGUUUGGUGCGGAAUGUGAAGUAAUCGAUCUCAAAACGAUUCUUCCAUGGGACGUCGAUACGGUUGCAAAGUCUCUUUACAAUCCAUAUUGCGAUCAAUUCAUUCAGAGUGUAACAAAAACCGGUCGACUUCUCGUUUCGCAUGAGGCACCCGUAACUGGUGGUUUUGCAGCUGAGAUUGGGACAGCAAUUCAGGAGCGUUGCUUCCUGAAUCUUGAGGCACCAAUCACUCGUGUUUGCGGUUGGGAUACACCGUUUCCACAUGUCUACGAGCCAUUCUAUCUACCAACUAAGUGGAGAGUAGUGGAUGCCAUCAAAAAGCUGUCGCAUUUCUAA